CCGGGGCACGCAGCUAGCUUGGCUAAAGCGAGUGCCACCGUCGCCCCGUACGCUAGCGAUGAGAAAAGAAAAAAGUGUUGCUUGAAAUUGUCUCCCAGAGCUCCCUUGCUCCCAGCUGCUGGCUAAGCACAUAUAUCCACUGAGAAACAUGACAGAGCCACGCAACCCAGGAAUGUCCUCUAUCCCUCAGACAGCCCCGGCGCACACUGACUCCACCUCCCCAGCUGUAGAGAUGGACCCAGUAGAGUACACCCUGAGGAAGCGCCUCCCCCGGAAACUCCCGAAGAGACGGAACGACGUCUACGUCAACAUGAAGACUGACUUCCGGGCUCAGCUGGCCCGCUGUCAGAAACUACUGGAAGGUGGGGGUCACAGGGAGAUCUGUGUCCAUGGCCUGGGUCUGGCCAUCAACAGGGCUAUCAACAUUGCCCUACAGCUGCAGGCCAGCAGCCAGGGGGCGCUACAGCUGGCGGCCAACACCUCCACGGUGGAGCUUGUGGACGAUCUGGAGCCUGAAGAUCCUGAUGAAGCUGGGGAGCCCAUGACGCGUACACGUAACAACUCAGCCAUUCAUAUUAAGGUUUUCUACCCUGAGCCUCAGUGACCUGAAAACAAUUGUGUUGGAUAUUGGUUUUCCAUUAGUCUUCAAGUCCUAUUUAUUCCCUCUUAAACCAGUCGACACACAUAACAUUGAUGUCUGGUGGGACAGUGUGUGUGGGAAGACCUAUAAUUACAGCACUAGAGGACUGCAGAACAGAGCAGACAACAGUGUGUUGGCUGUAUGUUUAUCAGUGAACUGUGUCGGACCACUCCAGUUGAGACAACUUUAUUUGACUUAAUAUAUAUUAUGAUCUUCUGUCAUGAGUCUUGUCAGUUGCAGACUGUUACUGUUCCUUUUUCAUAUUGCAUGUCAUGAAGCAACAGUGGUGUUUGCCAGAUGAAACCUCAGUGUGAUUUGAUAGCUGUAGAAAUGGCUGUGCCAAAUGUAUUAGCGCCUUUAAUUUUAACGCCUAUGGGUCUGUGUCAGUGUUUACAGUUUCAUGUCAGCCUGCUUUUAUAGAUAAAGAUAAUUACGAAAACUAAGGAAUCAUCAGUUUAAUGUCAAACAGGUGUUGUUGCAGUUAAUGUCCACUAGAUGUCAGUAGUCUGUUUAAAUUUGGUUUCAAAUCCUUGAACUGCUGGUGGUGUUAAUGUUCAAAAGUAAUGGAAAAGACAGUUUUCAGGAAGAUGGUGUAUUUGAUUUCUUGACAAAUUUUUUUUGCUGCAAUGUAUCUUUAACUAUUACCUCUGCAUCAGGGGCAGGAUGUUAGUAGAAUAAUGACACUCAUUAGAGCCAGUGAGGUCUGUGAUAGAAGCUUGUUUCCAGCCAUUAACAAAGUGCAGUUGCUUCUUAACUCCAAUGACGUGAACAAGGCAAAUAUAAUGAAUGAAAUGGACAGAC